UUCGAAAGGGGCGGUUUGCGGUGCCGCUGUUGUCGCGCGGUUCCGCGAGCGCCUCUCGUUACAUCCUCGGGGCGGUCGCCGUUAACGCCAUCGAAGCUCUGCGGCCGCGCUCCGCUCCCGUUGCGGGCGGUGUGUGCGCGGCUUCCCGAGGUCGCAGCGGCAGCAGCAGGCGGCGGUGGUGGAGAGGGAGGUUUCCCUCCCUCCUUGCGGCACCAUGAAAGCCGUGAGCCCCGUCCGGCACCCCAGUCGCAAGGCGCAGCCCAGCGUGGCGGGCGGCGGCGGGGGGCACCCGGCCCUGCGGUGCCUGGCCGAGCACAGCGGCUGCAAGGGGRGCCCGCCGUCGGGCGAGGAGCCCGCGGCUCUCUGCCUGCAGUGCGAUAUGAAUGACUGUUACAGCCGCUUGAGGAAGCUGGUGCCCACCAUCCCGCCCAACAAGAGGGUCAGCAAAGUGGAGAUCCUGCAGCACGUCAUCGACUAUAUCCUCGACCUGCAGCUGGCACUGGAGACGCACCCAGCGCUGCUCCGGCAGCAGCCACCGCCGCCCGCUCUGCACCCAGGCACCUGUCCCGCGGGCACCCCCAGGACCCCGCUGACAGCCCUUAACACUGACCCGGUAAGAGGCAGGUUCUGUUAACAAGCCGGGGGACAGCAUCCUCUGCCGCUGACCGCCGCUCCCCAGGUGUGCGGCGGCGCCGCGCCGCGCAGAGGCAACGCGGGGGACGGGCGGCGGCGGGGGGGCCAGGCCCUGCCCCGCCACACCGGAGGAAGGAGCCAUCCAACCCCCCGAGCAGUUCCCAUGCUUCACCCCGGCAGAGCCAAGCCUUUUCACCAUUUUGCACGUCCGUAGCGGUCCCCCCCUCCCCGGCUCCCCAUGUCCUUUACUCCUUUCCCCUCCCAUGGUUCCGUCUCUUCUCGUCGUUCCCGGCCAGCUGUGAGCGGCGGCGUGUCCCACGGUGGCAGCGGGAAAAGUUGCGACUCUGCCCCGGGAUAGAGGACCGAGCCUAAACCAGACUUUAGAAACCUUGUAACUCUUAGGGGACCGAGCAGCCGAAUCUUGAAGCUUUACUAAUCUACCAGAGCAUUUGUAGAUAUAUUUGGCAUCUAUUGUUUAAAAUAGAUGGAUUUUAUUGGGGCCCAGGGAACUUUCUUCUCCCUGCAGGAAUGUUACAUAUUGUAUAGACAAAUGAGUGACAUUUCAUACUGUGUAUAUAUAGAGAUGUUCUAUAAGUGUGAGAAAAGUAUAUGCUUUAAUAGACUACUGUAAUUAUAAAAUAUUUUUAAUUAAAUAUUUUUUUGUAAAUAUUAUAAAGGUGUGUAUGUUUUUUUUAAUCUGUGGGAAUAUCUCUUUAGAAAACCACAGCUCAAGUAUGGAGCUGCUAAUAUGGAAAUAUCUUGAAUGUUUAGGACUUCUUUUGUCCCCAAAUGUCCUUUAGACUCGAAAGUUGCAGCUAAGUGGUCCUGCAUGAUUGCAUGAGAUGUCUAAUUGCAAAUAAACUUGUUUGGAGUCUAUACAACGUGUCUUCCUCAACCUAGACUUAAAAUGUUUGUAAGUGUAUUAUACAUUUCGAGACUACACUUUUGUCGUUUAGGCACAGGGAUUUUUAGUGUGUUCUGUAAAAGUAGCAGUAAGAUGUAGUGUUUUUUACUGACAAUAGAAAAAUUCUUAUCUAGUUUUUUUGCAUUACGGGGGCAAUGCUUUAKAUCUCUGAUCAGUCUUUUAUUUAAAAAUCUGCUGUUGAAUUAGAUCAAGAAAUUUGUUCAGGAACUUCAUUUAGCACCAAAAGGUUUUAUGGCAAAUUUGUGUUCCUACUGCUUAUUAAUUGCUUAAAAACUGAACACAGUUCUCUGCUUGCAACCAAAGGGCAAACCAUUAACAAAAACAGUUGUUGUUUCCUUCGUCCAAAGAGUAUUAAUAGCAAACUGCAGAAAGGCACAUGGGCAAAGUCAUUAUGAUCAGUGAUGUAAAUUCAUCUUAAAAUGAACUUAAGUAAACCAAAAAUCGGAUAACUGCGUCAAGAUUAUUUUUCUAGUACAAAAUGACUUACAUUUCACUGCAGCUAUGUUACAGUUAAAAUCCUGUUUAAUCUCUGUGAUGUGUAACUACUACAUGUGAACAUUAAACUAGAUUUACUUGUCUUUAACUGUGAUUCUUCAGCUUAUUUCUUCAAUCCUCUGAAUUUGCACAUUCUGUUCACUAUUUGUACAUAACAUUUGAUGGGCGAGUUAUUUUUACAGCAAGCUCUUGUACAGUCAAGUCCUGCUGGCUGUAAACUUGUGUCCAGGCUCAGUGAAAGAUACUCAUCUUGUGUGAUCAGUAGCCUGCRCACUAGUGAAAUGGGAUUUUCAGAGUGGGAGAAUUGAGUAGGAUUUAAUUGGGUGCUUUGUAAAGAGCUAGCCAACUGUAUGUGUAACAUGGUCUGUUUGACUAAAAAAGAGGAUUUGUUUCAGAUUAUACAAGUAUCAAAAGUACCAUAACCCAAGGGAGGACUUCUAUUAAGUUAAAUAUUUAUAGGGAAAUUAAAUAUGGGGGUCAUUAGGUAUUGACUACAGUGAUAGUGUCAACAAGAUGAACACUUUAUCAAAAUAAUUGUGUAAAGACCAAAUCAAAAAGUGGCUAGCACAUCUGCAGACAAGGCCUCCCUGUCACUGUAAAGGUUUUAAACGCACAGGCUUUUUACAGGCUGAGCCAGGACUUCGGGGAUGGGGAGUGGGUCCCUGCAUCCCCCCAGCUUUGCUGUUGCYAUUUUAGUAAUUUAAUGAGCAAAAUACAUGUUCUUGUAAAAUUAAGUUUCAGACUUCUAAUCCUGAAUCUCC